AUGAGGGACCGAACAGUCUUACUUCUGUUUAGUGUUGGUGCUUUGAUCUAUGUGAACAUUUAUCAUCACAGUGUAGUAGAAUGGCGAAUGAAAUCAUUGUCUAAGCUGGAAUUGGAUUAUAAUCACAUAUUCGACCUCAAUUUAAUUCCCUGGCCCAACCUAACCAGACCCAAUGUUUCCACGAUGGACGAAGUGCGAGAAUUGGGUCCUUUUGAUAUAAAAACUAGUGCCGGUCAACAGCGAAGUCUGGAAAUUCUUAUAGAAGAAUUCAAAAAGGCUAUGACAGAUGCACAUCUGGAAGGUCAUUGGUUUCUACACGCUGGAGCUCUCUUGGGCUCUAUUCAACACCAUGAUUUCAUUCCUUGGGAUGAUGAUGCCAACUUCAAGUUACAUAUCAAACAUCGACCAGCGGUUCAAGCUAUUCUGAAGAAACUUGCUCCGAAAUUUCACACUUACACAAUGAGACUGCGCGAUAAACUUUUCUUCGCACCGUUCAACUCAUCAAUAACUCUCACUUCAAACUCAAUUGGCAGCCACUAUGAUGCUGAACUACCAUGGGGGUGGCCAUUUAUCGAUAUUUCAUACUUUGAGGAAUUCAAACCGAACAUGUGCCAAGAUUAUAGAGACCACAGUAAAAGGUAUCUUCUUAGCGAUAUAUUCCCUUUGACGUAUCGUCCACUUGGCAAACAGUGGUUUCCAGUACCGCGACGGCCAGUUAAUUUCCUCAAAUCCUACUACAACACCAAGGGGCAAGUUUGCGAAUCUCACAUUCGGUCGCACUUCACAGGAAGCGUGACGGGGGCAGUGAUUGAGGAUUGCAGAAAAUUGAUGGACCAAUAUCCCUUUGUGCACCGGUGUCUCGUUUCAAGUAAUGAAUUUAUUGAGCAGCACUCGGGACUAUGUGAUGAGUAUCUAUUGAAUGGACGUGGUCAUGUCAUUCAUAAAAUUCGUCUUCCACUUGACGCUGAUGAAUGUGCAUCUUCAUUUUACACAAUCAGACAUGAAUCUUUUAAAUGUCCGUGA